AUGCCUUUGGUCACUGUCUUCACUGACGUGGAUGGCCUCGUUGCAAAGAAGCAGGAGGUCUGCCAAAUGGUCCAUGAGGCGGUGAAGUCGGCGCUUGGAAAGCCUGACCAAUACAUCACCGUGGCCCUGAUGAAGGCAGAGUGUGUCACAGUUGCUGGACAAGAAGCCUCGGUUGUGGUCGAGGUUGACUCGAUUGGUGGCGAUUUUGGUGCUCUCAUCUCCACCAUUGCAAAGGGUCUUCAGGCACAUGGCGUGGAACCUUCAAAGGUGACUGGAACAUUCCGAGGAGUGUCCUUCAAGGAGUUCGCCAUGAAUGGCCGCCCUCUUGGCUAA